AUGGCGGCGAAAAUUCCGAAAGUCUUCGGUAGACAGAUAUUGGAAGGACAGCUUGUCAUAAGGAGAGGCCAUAAGCAGCAGGAAUUUGCAAUUAACUUUGCUGUUGGACAUGGCGAAUUCGAAGUUUAUUCUCAGGACUGGAAAAAGUGCUAUCACAGCUUUCAAAUUGCUGAUGGAAGAGCUGAUAUGAUCGAAGAUAACCUUCUUCGCAUUGAAUACGCUGUAAAAGGCCAAGCAUUCGACUUUUUAAUCCGAUUUGAUCGUUGCGACUUAAUUCUCAAUGCAUUUUCUCAAGCUCAACCAGAUAGAAGAGGUGCAGGCGAAAACCAAAUUACAAAUGUGCCAACAAAAGAAAUUUAUGCCUUCGGCUGCAAUUUGCCACCUGCAACAGCAGAAUCAAGCUUUGUUCCAUACCUCGAAGCUCAAGCACGUAAGAGAUUACUUUUCCUUUCAUCGUCAGUUGAAACAAAUGAGCCUUUAUUGGCUGCGAUUGCCUGUGAAUUCAGAAUGCGUUUCCCACAAAUAGAACCAGAUAACUGGACAGAAGCUUUCGAAGUUCUUUGGUUCGAAUUUGUCGCCUUUUGCGUUUCUCUAUGGACACAAUGCCUUAAAUCAGUUAUCGAACCUCAUACCGGUCCAAACUCAUUCGAAUACUUCAGACGCCUUGCUGCAUCCAUAUCAGCGCUUCUUGCCAAGGGAGCAGACGUCUUCAAUGUCGAUAGACGUGCGUUUUUAAUUGCCGUUCGUAAAUUCUUAGACGAAGGCGACCCAGGAGAUAUACCAGCUACUUCCAAAGCAUUAGUUUCGGACGUAGAACUUGCUUUGGGCAACGUCAGAAAGAGAUGGCUCCUUCAACUUACAGAUAUGUUCGAAUUUACACAGCUUUUCUCUGUUAGUGUGGUCAUUGCUUCCGCCGUAUCUCCUCUGACCAAGGAUAUCUGCGUUCUCGCAGGCCAACUUUGCAGUUGGUCAAUUUCAAUGGUAAACAGCCUAACUCGUGGCCCGAGAAUUCAGGACUUCAGAAAUGGUAUUGAAAAGCUUUCUGUUUCAGUCUUAAGAGCGAAUGAUACAAAAAGAUAUUCUCCUGAGUUUCAUUGCACGCUAGCAUUGUGGAAACUUGCGGAACUUGCAAGAGCAGUCGAAUAA